AUGACCCCUGUUCAAGCAUCUACCAUUCCCCUUUUCAUGCAGAAUAAGGACGUCGUCGUGGAAGCAGUGACGGGGUCCGGCAAAACGCUUGCGUUCGUUAUUCCAAUCCUCGAACGACUCACCCGAAGACAGGAGAAGUUGAAAAAACAUGAGAUCGGAGCUCUGGUCAUCAGUCCGACAAGAGAGCUAGCGACGCAGAUACAUUCAGUAUUCUCGCUCUUCCUGGAUUCACAGCCGUCUGAAAGCGAGUCCAAUGAAGAUAAUCCUAGCUCUCCUGCUCGUCGACUACCUCCAGCACUCCUUCUUGUGUCUUCCGACAAAUCAACACCCGCUCAGGAUGUCGAGCGGUUCCUCUCGACAGGAUCGGACAUUGUGAUAGGCACGCCGGGACGCGUAGAAGAAUUUUUGUUAGGGAAAGGAAAGGGUGUUGUGAGCGCGAAGGAGCUCGAGGUACUGGUUCUGGAUGAGGCGGAUAGAUUACUGGACCUCGGAUUCCAGGCGACAUUGACAAAGAUCAUCGCCCACCUUCCUAAGCAGCGGAGAACGGGAUUGUUCAGCGCUACGAUGACCGAUGCGGAUGCCUUGUCAGAACUGGUGCGAGUGGGCCUCCGGAACCCCGCUCGUAUCGUAGUGAAGGUGCAGACCAAACGGAAUAAUGGGAAGAAGGUAUCGGGUGAGGUGAUCGAAGAAAGGAGGAUUCCAGCUAACCUGCAAAACCUCUACCUGCCAUGCCGGGCCUCGGAGAAAGUAUUGCAGCUCACCCGUAUCAUCUCCCACGAGCUCAAGAGCAACCCCACUUCGCGCUGUAUAGUCUACUUCGCCACCUGUGCAUGCGUUGACUACUUUUACCGCGUGCUCUCGCCCCUCCUCCCGUCGAGCGUCACUCUCUACUCCUUGCACGGCCACCUUCCCCCAUCCGCGCGCUCCAAGACCCUCUCGUCCUUCGCCGCCGCUCCAUCUGCCUCAAUCCUCCUCGCGACAGACGUCGCCGCACGUGGACUCGAUCUCCCCGACGUCGACGUCGUCAUCCAGUUCGACCCGCCGGUCGACCCGAAGGCGUUCAGCCACCGCUGCGGGCGGACGGCCCGCGCUGGGCGGAAGGGACGUGCAUGGGUACUGCUUGUUGGGCGCGAAGAGGGUUACGUAGAUUUUAUGGCGGUCAGAAAGAUUCCCAUGAAGAAACACGCCUAUCUCACGGAAGACGGGUCGUCUGUAGCCCAUGACGAACGCCCCGAGGACCCGGCAGUCCAGCCAAUACUACAGCAGAUACGCAAGACUGUAUUGACGGAUCGAGCGCUCCACGAGAAGGCGACAAAGGCCUUUGUCUCCUUCGUCAAAGCGUACUCGAAGCAUGAAGCGUCGUACAUCUUCAGACUGAAAGACCUGGAUCUCGUGGGGCUCGCCAAAACGUUUGGAUUGUUGCGGUUGCCUCGCAUGCCAGAGCUGAAGGAUGCGGAGAAGGCCGGCUGGGUGGAUGCGGACGUGGAUUGGGACUCGUAUGCAUUCUCGGAUCCGGCCAGGGAAGCCAAACGGCUAAGCGAAGCCGAGGAGUCCAAAUCCAAGGACAAAGCCCCUGCAAAGAGCAAGAAGCCUAAAGCCAAAGUGGCCGUAGCUUGGAGCGAACAGCUUGCGAAGAAAGAGGGCAAGGAGAAGCGCCGAGAGAUAAAGGCUGCUAAGAGGAAAUGGCUCAAGUCACAGCAGACUCAGGAAGGGAUGAAGCGCGCGCGAGCGGACAGCGAGGACGCAGAUGAUUGGAAGGAGUUGGCAAGGGAGGAGAGGAUGGCGAAGAAGGUGAAGAAGGGGCUGGUUGAGCAGGCCGACUUUGAUAACGAGUUCGCUGAAUUAUGA